AUGACAGGAAACACAGGAUAUAGUUGGCCUCCAUACCGACUUCGCCAGUUUUACUUGGAUGUAUCAAAUUCAUCGGUAGAUACCUCAAUAAAGAGAUCUAGAGUACGAUGUUACACAGACAACAAUACAUCCCCAGCCACGCCCCCACCUGUGAUUGACAUCCCUUGUAAACAGACGGCGAGAUACGUCAUUGUAGAGACAACAUACCACGCUCCAGAAGACAAAGAUUCCAUAGGACCUGUCUUAGAGAUCUGUGAAAUUGAAGUGAUUGGUUGCAAUAUUCGUCAUUUUGGAGAAAACUGUGCACUGUGUAAUGCUUGUUCAGUUUGUGAUGUAAUAAAUGGCAAUUGUACUGCCUUAUGCAGUCCUUAUUGCGUAGCAAAGCAAUGUGAUACGCAUGGAUACUGCACUCUAGGAUGUACUGAAGGAUACUGGGGGAAUAAAUGUCAGAAUUUCUGCCCGUCUUUUUGUCAUUUGAAGAUUUGCAAUAGAGUUGAUGGAAUCUGUAAUUCUUGUAUCGACGGGUAUUAUGGCGAUAGAUGCGAACAGCUUUGUAAUUCGAAGUGUUCUGGACAAAAAUGUAAUAAAGACACGGGAUUCUGUACGACUGGAUGUGUAUCUGGGUAUUAUGGAAGCUAUUGUCAAGAUCGUUGUGGUAACUGCGGAACUGGUAUUUGUAGCAGAAAUACUGGGAAUUGUGAAACAUGUAAUAAAGGUGUUUACGGAUCACAGUGCGAUAAAAAAUGUAGCAAUAACUGCCUAAAUAAGGAAUGUAGACCAAUAGAUGGACAUUGCAGCAAUGGUUGCAUCAGCGGUUUUUACGGUUCCUUAUGUAAUAUGCAAUGUAGUGAAAACUGUGUACAAACUAUCUGCAGUCGAAAUGGAGUUUGUAUUAACGGAUGUAAGCCGAACUGGACAGGAGAUAAAUGCGCAGAAUGCAGUCGAACUCAUCAUGGACCAAGAUGUGAUCAACAAUGUAGCCCAGUCUGUUUAAACGGAACAUGUUUCUCAGACAAUGGGUCGUGUAUAGAGGGCUGUAAUAUCAACUUCAUUGAAAACUUUAAAGGUAAAAGAUGAUACACUUUUUGU